AUGCAAUAUCAGGCCGAUAUAUCUUACGAGGAGGAUAAAGCUUCGUUCUACGAAAACAACCAAAAUAUGAAGGUCCCUGAAUUCCACACCAGGGAGAUCAGCUCAACAACCUAUGUGAAGAAUCUCUUCAAGAACCCAACGAGCCGUUCAUUGAGUUACUUGAAGAAUAUCUUUCCAGUGAUAGAUUGGUUCCCGCAUUACCCGACAAACUUGAACUGGAUGCUUUCUGACUUCAUUACUGGUGUAACGGUUGCCAUCGUUUUAGUCCCUCAAUCAAUGUCUUACGCUAAGUUGGCUACUUUAAGCCCAGAAUUUGGUCUCUACUCCGCAUUUAUAGGUGCAAUGUUUUACUUCUUGUUUGCCACUUCAAGAGAAAUUUGUAUAGGUCCCGUUGCUGUUCUAUCUCAAGAAGUUGGUAAAAUUGUGACCAGAGUCCAAGGCAAGUAUCCGGGAUUAUAUUCUAAUGAAGAGAUUGCAACCACUUUAGCUUUAAUUUCUGGGGGUAUUGUGCUUGGUAUUGGUUUGUUGAAAUUGGGGUUUAUUGUUGAGUUGCUUUCUUUGCCUGCUAUUCUUGCAUUCACUACUGGCUCGGCGUUUAACAUUGUGGCUGGCCAGUUGGCUGGCCUAUUUGGUUUUAGUAAAAAGGCUGGUAAGCACAAAUCUACCUGUGAGACCAUCAUUGCGUUUUUGAAACAUUUACCAGACACAGAAGUCGACGUUGCAUUUGGCUUAACGGGUUUGGUUAUACUUUACAUUUGGCAAUUUACAUGUGAGUAUUACUUGAAGAAAUAUAAAAGCGAUGCUAAGAAAAGGAUUGCUAUCACCUAUAUCCUCAACUUGAGAACCGCUUUUGUUAUUAUAAUAUCAACUUGUAUCUCAUUUGGUGUUCUAAGGUAUAGACCACAUUCUAAAAAGGCACCUUAUUCAAUUAUUGGAGAUAUUCCUUCUGGCUUAAAACACGUGGGAAGAUUUGUUCCUCCUCCUGGUCUAGCAAAACACAUUGCUUCCGAACUUCCAAUUUCAACAAUCGUGCUAGUUCUUGAACAUAUUUCAAUUUCGAAAUCUUUUGCAAGAAUUAACGGCUACAGAGUCAAUCCAAAUCAAGAGUUCAUUGCCAUCGGUGUCACAAAUAUGGUGGGUACUUUCUUUGGCGCUUACCCAGUUACUGGUUCUUUCUCUAGAACUGCAUUAUCUGCAAAGUGUGGUGUGAAGACUCCAUUAAAAGCAUUGAUUACAGGCUGUUCAGUACUAUUAUCAAUAUAUUGUUUCACCAAUGGGUUCUAUUAUAUUCCAAAUGCAACAUUAUGUGCGAUUAUUAUUCACUGUGUUGCUGGUUUGUUGGCUUCUUACAAAUUAACAACCAAACUUUACAUGUUUUCUCCGGUUGACUUUAUUAUUUUCAUUACCGGUGUUUUCAUUACUGUUUUUGCUACAAUUGAGGACGGUAUCUAUUUUGCAUUAUGUGCAUCUGCUGCUCAAUUACUAUGGAGAUUGUGCUUACCAAAUGGUUCCUUUUUGGGUCGUGUUAAAGUUGCCACUUUGGAAAAUCCAAUUCUUCUUCCAGCUGGCUUAAAAACAUCUUCAGAAAACUCUACUUCCGAAAACGGUUCAGUCACGUCAAUCAACAAAACACCAUUUAAUGAAUCCACCAAGCAAGCAUUAAAUCCACCCACUAGCUAUGUAUACAAGUGGGUACCACUUCCUAAAGAACCUAAUAAUCCAAGCAAAGUUCAUACUAGAUUCAUCAAUGGGAAUAUCAAUGUAGAGAAACCUCCAUCUGGCGUUCUAGUUUACAGAAUGUCUGAAAGUUUUGUUUACUCUAACUGUUCCUUACAAAUUGAUCAGAUCAUUGCAAAAGUGAGAGCGGAUUAUAAACCACACAAUGAUAAUAGAGAAAGAUUAUGGUGUGAAUAUACGUAUGCUGAAUCGAACUGGAAAGAAAACUGGAAACAUCUUAAAAUGGGGAAUUUUAGAAAAUUCUUUAACAAAGAGAUCAAAGAUUUGGAGGAUGCGAAUGCUGGUGAUGAUGUUUCAUAUGAUGGUAACGAAAGUGAUGAAUACAUUCAGAAUAGAAAGAGAAUAGAAGACUCCAGGCCUGUCUUCAGGAUCCUGCACCUGGACUUUUCGCAGGUUGUUGCUGUCGAUGCUACUUCAGUUCAGGCCUUACUUGAUUUACAGAUGACAAUUGAUCACUUUGUUGGUCCUCAAUGGGAAAUGCAUUUCAGUGGUAUAAUUAACCCAUGGAUCACUAGAGCUCUUAUAAAUGCUGGGUUUGGUGCUAAGAGAGUAGAUGUAACUAAAAUUGAGAACAGCUACUUGAAAAGAAAUCUUCAGAAUGGAUGGUUUGAGAAACUAUCUACACCGUCGUUUCUCAAUCGGUACUUGAAAUCCUCAACUGGUUCGAUUGAUCUCGAAGAUACUGAAUUUACAGAUAAGGCAGAUGUUUUCCCAGGCGAUUUGGAGGUUGGUUUCGCUGAGGAUAAUAGGUCAUUGCCAUUAUACUCUACGGAUUAUCCCAACAUCCAUUUUGAUAUCCCCUCAUACUCUGGAUAUGAUUAA